AUGGCUCUCGGGAAAAUACGCAUGGCCUCCCUGGUAGUUCCUGAACCGGUGAAACAGCGACGGUCACGUACAAACUUCACGCUCGAACAGCUGAACGAACUGGAGCGGCUCUUUGACGAGACCCACUACCCGGACGCCUUCAUGAGGGAGGAGCUAUCGCAGCGACUGGGUCUCUCGGAGGCCAGACAACGUUCAAGAAUUCCUGAGUGGUUCUGGUUGAGCCUCAAGUAUUUUUCGGGAGCCAUGAUGUCUCGUAUGCUUAAGAGGAUGAAGAGGGGCCAUGUGGUGAGCCAGCGAGCCAUGAAACACCGAGAUAGAGCAACACUGGAGGAAAAAGUGAAGGGGAAGCAACUGGGAGAUUAG